ACAAAUAUGGCGAUGCUUUUGAAAGCGGUUUGUUUACUUUUAUUUAUGGUAACCAUGCACUGCGAGAAUAAUAUGGUUGACUCGCAUAACGUGAUCGUGACGAAACGGGAAGUCAAACUCAUAAACGGUCUACAGAUCCUCAUAAAAUUCGAGCUCCUCAAGAUGCACUUCUCGCUGGAACGCGAACCGAUGCAGAGCGUCACGAUGGAGUGUCGCAGCCCGGCGAUGACUAUGGUACAAAAACAGUACCCGUAUGCGGAGUACCGCUGGAAACACAACAGCGAGACGUUUCGGUUACAGCCUGUGAGGAUGAUAUACACCCGUGAGGAGCUAACUAUCAACAAUCUGGUUCCCAAAGAUAGUGGCGCGUAUACCUGUGCGAUGGAGCCAAAAUCCGGCCAGCACGUGGUGGUCGUCAUUUACGCUCUUACAGUCGGCAGUCUCACGCAAGAGGUUUUCGAGAACGACGACAUGGUGCUCGACGGCUACACGAAAGAGUUCGGAAAACUGUUCCCGAAAUCUAUCCGAUACUGGUACAAUCCGAAUGGGCAACGGGUGUAUGACAAACAUGCAUUGGAGAGCCGGGAGACCGUCCCUAGAGCUGGCAAGGCGAUGGCCGGAAACUGGACCUGCAUUGUGGAGGACAAGGAUGUCCCGCGUAAGUGGACAACGGUGCGGGUGCACGUGGUCAUCAAACCAGUCCCGCCGAUAUCCGUAAGAGCGCGGAUUUACGUGAAAACCCACCGGAACGAAUCUAUUGCUAUUGCCACGUGCGCAAUAUUUGUGUUUGUAAUGAUGACAUACUGUGUUCUGAAGCUGCUAAAAAGAAAACAGAAGCGGGUUCAGGAGGAGAUGGAGAAUAUGAAAUCGGUUCUUGGACUGAAAAACAAGGACACAAAAGAUUUUGAUGAGAAUAUUGAUGACGUCACGCCGCUAAUUGCUAAUAACAAGACAAACAAGUGUAAUACUUGAAUUUUAUAAGUUGUGUGUUGUCCUAAGAGUAAAUGAACAUACUGAUAAGGUAAUGUGAUGAAAUCACAAGUGACUGUACGACUUUAACGAAAGUUAUUACGUAAAUCCACUCACUAAUAUUGUUGGAUAUCAGUUUGCUAUUAAAAUAAUGUGAUACGCAGUUA